GAACAAGAGAAUGGUUCCUCAGGGGCUCCAAUGGAGAGAGGAGAGCAAGAGGCGCUGUACUCUGCAAUUCAGGGUUUUGUGGGCAAAUGGUGGAAUGGCUCUGAUCUGUAUCCUGACCCUUGUGGGUGGACGCCAAUUCAGGGAGUGGAUUGUGAUCUCUACAAUGGCUGGUGGUACGUGAGCGCCUUGAACGUCGGACCGGUCUACGAAAACUCUCUGAGGUGCGCCCAGGAUGCACGACUCACGCAUCACCUGCUCGAGCUCAAGCACCUCACGACGCUCUCCAUCUACAGUUGCUUCUCUUCCCCUCGCCGAAACCCUGUCAGACUCCCCAUCUUCAGCUGGGGAGCCUUAUCGAACACCUUGGAGUCGCUGGAGCUCAGAUCAAACCCGGGACUCGUCGGAACCGUUCCCGCCAGCAUCGGCAGCCUCAAGCGGCUCCAAUCACUGGUCCUCCUCGAGAACGGACUGACCGGGCCUUUGCCGAUGGAGUUGGGCAAUCUGAUCCGCCUGAAAAGGCUGGUCCUUUCGUCGAACGGGUUCGCGGGUCAGAUCCCACCGGCUCUCGGAGGACUGAACAGCCUCUUGAUCCUCGACUGCAGCAGGAACAACCUUUCCGGGCCGCUGCCGUUGACCUUCGGGGGGUUGACCUCGCUCCUGAAGCUUGACCUGAGCGGCAACAGCAACCUGGACGGGCCUCUGCCCCGAGAACUCGGGAACUUGAGGAACCUCACGCUCCUGGACCUCGGGGGCAACAAGAUCUCGGGCGGGUUGAUCCGGGGCAUCCAAGAAAUGUUCUCCUUGAAGGAGAUGGUGAUGUCAAACAACCCGACGCUGCGCGGCGACCUCACGGGCAUUGAAUGGGCGAAGCUGGAGGAUCUUGAAGUGCUGGACCUGUCCAGCACCGGGCUGACAGGCCGCAUUCCGGAGUCCAUGACGCAGCUCAAACGGCUGAGAUUCUUGGGACUCAGCGAUAAUUCUCUCUGGGGGACUCCUCCUCCCGAGCUCGCAUCGCUGCCUUGCAUCAGCGCGCUUUACCUGAACGGCAACAAUCUGACCGGCCAACUCGAUUUCCCGGGCACGUUCUACGGCAAGAUGGGCAGGCGUUUCGGCGCAUGGAACAAUCCCAAUCUCUGUCAUCGGCUCCCAUUAACUUCUUCGUCGUCGUUGGCUGUCAACGUGCCGUUCGGGGUGAGGCCAUGCUCACGAGGAGGAAACGCCAGCGGCAACCGCACGGUGUCGUCUCUAUUGAUUGCCGAGAUGAGCGAAGGAGACGACGAUCUGCAUCGGGAUUUGCAGAUCGAGGUCUCUUCGGGGUGGCCAAGUCGGGGUGUCAACGGGUCGGGCUGGGGCUCGACAUCGAAGGAGAUGAUGGCGUUGGUAUGGGUGCUCCUGCUCGUCAUGUUCGAGUAG